GCAAGCCAGCUCCUCAACCCAGCCUGCCCAAGCCAACGAAGAUGAGGUUGUCCUCAGAAAGCUUCACAUCUUGCCCCUCAAAGAGGCGGACAAGAAAAUGAAAGGACGCCAGCGAAUGGAGUUUCUGGCAGAAACCUUGCGCCAGCUACGAAGUACGAAGGCAGUUGUGUGCUCUGGACACCUGGUGAAGGCGAGAGAGGCCGAAUUCGUGGUCAUCAAGUGUGAGCCACCUCAGGGUUGUUUGGGGAUGGAGACGGAUUUCUUCGUCGAUGGCGCGCCGGUCAUCUGCUUUCAGAAGAUCCAGUUCAGUGCCUGGGGUCCCACAGCUCUGAGCUCAGAGGAGCUCUUCAACCAGUAUGUCAGGCCGUUCUUCAAAGGUGAGUACUCGCCCUAUGGCACGACUGGCGUGAAGAGAGUGAGACUUCUUUACGCGGGACAGGUUGUUCAGGUGGGCGAUGUCAGCCUGCAAGUCGAAGCGACGGAACCUCAAGGACUAGGCAUGGUAUCCACCGAUACCGAAAUCUUCGCUAAUUGGGAUACUACCCCGGAGUUCGAGAAAGUGCACAUCCUCCCCUUCUUGGACACUUUGCCAAGCGCGUACCAGUACGAGCUGUUUGGAGACUACUUGAAGCCUUACCUGAUGGCGAAUCAGCACAAGAAGUACCAGCAUGGUGAACUGUUCUCCUACCAGGGCGUCCAAUUCAAGGUGGUGGCUUGUGAGCCGGAUGUAGUUGCCCGUAUUGGAAAGAGCACGACCAUUUUCUGCCAGGGUCACCUGACCCCGACUUUGCGGAAUUUGUUGCCUCCCCAUUUGAUGAAUCAGGUUGCGCAGCUCCCCCAAGGGCUCCAGAUGCUCCUCCUCAGCUCAGAGCGCACCACGCGAGAGCUCGAAGAGAUGCUAAACCAAAGGCGUGGCCUCUUCCCCCAAACCAUCCAAGAGAUCGAAACCUUCAACUGGCCACCUCCCAAUGCCCAAGCAUCGCAGCAACGGACCUGCAUGGUCUGCCUUGAGGACUUCGAGCUUGCCGUUCCCUGCCGACGUCUUCCUUGUGGCCAUGUGUUCCACCAGUCAUGCGUUGAUGAGUGGCUGAGGAGAUGCACGGACUGCCCGAUUUGCAAGGCCAAUGUGGACCGUGCAAUUCGAAAUUACUGA